CUCAAGGCGGCCCGGGCUGCAGCCGCAGCGGGUUGGUUCCUUCCUCGCGGGACAUCUAGGCGAAAAGUGCUGCAUACCUCCUGCCUUCCUCCCUGGUCUGCUGACCCAGUGAAGAGCUGCUGCUACCGCUGGGAGGGAAGGCGAGCUGCCUCUCGUCCCAGAGCAUCCACAUUGUAGCUGGUGACAAGACAUUUGCUUUCUGUGCCAAAAUUAAAGACCUGCUACGGCAAUGAAGAAAGAGACUGAAUUUGUCACUUUUACCUAAGGAAAAAUGACAGAUAGAAAUCAAACCUGUGGUGCAGGACAGGAUUCUGCCCCCUAUCUGACUUGUUUCAUUCAUAUCCUUGAAGAAUGGCUUGGUGUGGAACAAUUAGAGGACUACUUGAAUUUUGCAAAUUAUCUCUUGUGGGUUUUUACACCGCUAAUACUUUUGAUACUUCCAUACUUCACAAUCUUUCUUCUCUACCUUACCAUUAUUUUCUUGCACAUUUAUAAGAGGAAGAAAGUGUUGAAAGAAGCUUAUUCUCAUAAUUUGUGGGAUGGUGCAAGGAAAACGGUGGCGACCCUGUGGGACGGACAUGCGGCAGUUUGGCAUGGUUAUGAAGUCCAUGGAAUGGAAAAAAUACCAGAAGAAGGACCAGCUCUUAUAAUAUUUUACCAUGGAGCUAUUCCCAUAGAUUUUUACUAUUUCAUGGCUAAAAUUUUUAUUCAAAAAGGCAGAACUUGCCGAGUAGUAGCUGAUCACUUUGUGUUUAAAAUUCCAGGAUUUAGUUUAUUGCUUGAUGUAUUUUGUGCUCUCCAUGGACCAAGAGAAAAAUGUGUUGAAAUUCUAAGGAGUGGUCACUUGUUAGCUAUUUCACCAGGUGGAGUUCGAGAAGCUUUAAUUAGUGAUGAGACCUACAACAUUGUAUGGGGUAAUCGUAAAGGCUUUGCUCAGGUCGCGAUUGAUGCAAAAGUGCCCAUUAUACCUAUGUUUACACAAAAUAUACGAGAAGGAUUUAGAUCACUUGGAGGAACAAGAUUAUUUAGGUGGCUUUAUGAAAAAUUCCGCUAUCCAUUUGCUCCCAUGUAUGGAGGUUUUCCAGUGAAGUUAAGAACUUAUUUAGGCGAUCCUAUUCCAUACGAUCCAAAGGUAACAGCAGAAGAAUUAGCUGAAAAGACAAAGAAUGCUGUUCAAGCUUUGAUUGAUAAGCACCAAAGAAUACCAGGAAACAUCAUGAGUGCUUUGUUAGAACGUUUUCAUAAGCAGAAGGUCAACUAGAAGAUGACUUUAUAUGUUUAUAUUAAGAUGUUUGCAUCUGCUGUACUGUCUCCUAAACUUUAUAGGCCCUGUGAUUAGUGUUUUGUAAGAAUCAUGUUGAAAAGCAUCUUUCUUAGAAUUUGUUUAAAAUUAUAUUGUCAGUUUUGUUUUUGCAAUCAGUUUUGUCAAAUGUAAGACAUAAUUUAUUACAUGCCUAAUAAGUUAAAAAAGUGAUGGUAUUUAAUUUGUAAAUUCUGAUAACAUAUGAAAAUAGGGUCCUUAGAGUUAAGUUUUAUUACUAGUUUAGGUGAAACACAUUCCUGAAUUAUGCAUCUAAUUUCUGUAUUUGUUUAAUGAGCUCAUUUUGAGAGAUGGAAUAAACUAGGUUAUAAUAUAGUUGCUUCAGCUAGAGAACAGAAGACUUUUAUCUCACCCUAAUUCUCCUCAUGGCCUUGGGCAAAUCAUUUAAUGUUUCUGUGCCUCAAUAAUUCACUUUUUAAGAACAUGGCAAAAUUGUGGUGAGGAGCAUUAUGUUAUUUGUGUUUGCUAUGAUUGAUAACUAUUGAACCAAAAUUAUUGUUAUUUAAACAAUACCAAAAUCCUUUAGUUGUGUAUUUAUUUUGUCCAUCAGAACCAUAAAUUAUUCCUUCAGGUAUAAUGUCCAGUUGCCAAGCACAAUAUAUAAGACGUACUGUUUUUCAAAUUGAAUAAAAAAGAAAUUAAGAAAUGUUACAUUUGUUACUGUUACAAUGUUUUUAACCACGAGCUGGUAAGUUAACAGUAUGAGUACAUGGUGUGCUUAGGAUAUGGCAUUAAAUACUGCAAGGUUCAGAAUUGCUCUCAUGUUCUGCUACUGCUCCUAUUAGUUGCUGCUUCUGGGCUGAGGAUCAUGGCUUAUUCCAUUAGACUUUGCAGCCAGUCAGAUGGUGGUUGUUCCAAUAAAAUGUACUUGAAUGACAGAUUUAUAUGAACACAGUGCUUUCUGAAAAAUUGACUUUUGAUGGAUUGCCUCUGAAAAUUAGUUUUGAAAAGUAUUUAAACAAGGAAACUGUCAGACAUCUAAUGCAGUUUAUCUCCUUUUUUUGAUGUUAAAUUACUUGAGGUUUUGUAUAGAUUUUUGUAUUACAAGUGUAUAUUUAUGUUAUGUGUAAUAUAUAUAAAACUACAAAUAAAAAUAAUUUUGAAUU